AUGCAAAACGGCAGCCCCAACGGCCCAUCAUCCCAAGAUGAAGACGUAUCACCGGCGCCAAAUUCGAUUCCCCUAAACGGAUCUGUUGACGCAGAACCAUCGGAUUCUCCCCGCGAUUCUCUCCCUGCCGAACCGAAAGAUGUUGAAACUGCCCAACCUGACGAGCCACCAUCCAAGAAGCGAAGACUAACAGAGUCCUCAUCGCAACGAUCAACUCCUCGACCACCAUCCCCACCUUGGAAGAAUGCUGGCUUUGAGGGGCCGACAUCAUUCCUUUCAGAAGGCAAGCGCAGGUCUUCGCGGACAAACGCGGUUCCCAUCGAACUGCAUCCCGCGUCGGAUAAAAGGCACACACGAGGGGCUCAGAACAAGAACCUUGGCAAGUCUGCUCGGGAUGGAACUAAGCCGGCCACAUCCUCGCCGCUAUCGGUGACGCAGUCACGCGCCGAUGUCAAUGGGAAGUUAGGUGGAAAGUCUACGGCGAAUGGAUCGCCCAGAGCGCCCCCAUCCCGAACUGGGGCCAGCAAGUCCCAGCGCAUCUUACAGACACCAGUAUCUAAACCAAGUCAUUCACGCGCGCGAUCUCGCAGUUCCGCUACCCUCCCUCGCCCAUCCCCCAACACCAACGGCACCGGUUCCCGCACACUCCGCGAUCGCCAUUCCCUUGCAAAUGUAUCACCAGAGGCCAAUGCGGACACUAAAAAUUCCAACCUGGAUGACGAGGGACCUGAACAAGGCUCACUCAAAGUUCCUCGAUUGCGCCUCAAAAUCACGAGACCUGUCCUUCCCAUCCGACACCCCGGCCACAUACCACAAAAGAAACAUACAUCAUUCAGGGAAUGGGUGUACCAAGAUGAUAGCACGAAUAUACUGUCGCAAGAUGAUGCUAUUGCGGAAGCGCGCAAACGGCAGGAGGUCAUGGCUGCCGCAGAGCCCGGUGGACCUCUGAGCUCUCAAGUUUGUUCUGCAUAUAUCACCGACCAGCAAGAGGAACCGCCUCCACAAUACUCGCAUCAAGACCAUUUAGUAGCCCACGCGCUCUACUUCCAGAAGCUCCUCGAUAAGGAACACAAGCGACACCGACAAACGGCCAAACUAUUCGCACAAUGGUGCGCCGACGCGUAUCGCAAACGUCACAAGGAUCCUGAGGAUAUUCUUCGUGAACAACAGGAGGAAAUGCGAGGGAAGCGCAAGCAGCUAUCCAAAGAUCUUCAGAAAAUGUUCGACCUGACCCGUGCGGACAUCGAUCGGAGCCGUCUAGCUCGCUGGGAGGAGGAGCGGAAAGUGGAAGACCAGAAAGCUCUUGAUCGUGCUAUCACAAAGUCUACCAUGCUUUUUGAGAAGCGCAGGGCCGAAAUCCUCGGCGAAGUUCCUAGCGACGCGCAAGGGACAAGCGAUGAUGACCUUGAAUCCGGCUCUGAAUCGGGCUCAGACGAAGAAGACGAGAGCAACAUGUCAGGUUCUGAAUCCGCGACCGACGACGAGACCAAUGUGGAUGACGAUGCAAAACUGACUGAGGAAGAGCUCCGGCUGAAGUAUGCCAACCUCCCGACCGAAGAUUAUACCGACCGAAUGUCUGUGGUUUCUGGCAGUGAUGCCAUAACUAACCCUGAUGAAGCCAUGGACCCAGAAGUUGCUCUUGAUGAUAUCGAUUCACAUGCUACCCCCGAUGAUAAUCAACUGGACGAUGUGGAUUCUGUUCUGAUGGACGAUAGCGAUGCAUCCACAGAUAUGGACGACGAUAUGGGCGAUAGUGACGAAGAGGAGGAAGAGUCAAGCGAAGAAGAGGAUGGGUCGGAUGACGAGGGCGAAGACAGAGGCUUGAUGGGUUUCUUCUCCAAGAAGGAUAUAUCCGUGCCAAAGGAUGGUGAACAGGGUGACGAAGCUGAAGGCAUUGAUCACGAACAUGGCGAUGCAGAGGUCAAGUCCACAUCAGAGGGCGAGGAUGACAUUGACUUCGAAGAUCCGGAUGAAGUUUCUCUUGUUCCAAUUGGACGAACUGCCAGUGAGGGUACUUCAGCAGAGGGCACGCCUUUGCAGGCCGCUGAUGCUUCUGAAGCCUCCCCUGCCACUGGCGGAGAGACGCCUAUCGUUGAAAUUCCCACUGCCGAAACAUCCGCUGUUGAUACUCCAAUGGAAGAUGAGCCCACCGAAUUAGAGCUGGCAGAGGCUACUCCUACCGCUGUCGAACACAAUGUUGAUGAACCCGAGGCCAUGGAGAUCGAUCAUGUCCAUGAAACUCGACCAACUGGAGAACUUUCUAGCGAGGCCUCACCAGGAACCUUCGCAACCAAACCAUCCGAGCCCGAGUCAGUAUCUUCACUCGAGCCUGCCAUCGAUAAGGCAUUGCAAAUAAGCCACUCGCCUGCACUCGGUCUCCAGACGCGAGUACCACACCUUCUGCGUGGCACGCUGCGUGAAUAUCAACACUACGGAUUGGAUUGGCUUGCUGGUCUCUACAAUAAUCACAUCAACGGCAUCUUGGCGGAUGAGAUGGGAUUAGGUAAAACGAUUCAGACAAUCGCUCUCCUCGCUCAUCUUGCCGUGGAUCAUGGUAUCUGGGGCCCGCAUCUGGUAGUCGUUCCCACCAGUGUCAUACUCAACUGGGAAAUGGAAUUCAAGAAAUGGUGCCCGGGCUUCAAGAUCAUGACUUACUAUGGUAACCAAGAAGAACGCAAGCAGAAACGCCGCGGCUGGACGGAUGAUAACGCCUGGAACGUGUUGAUCACAUCGUAUCAGCUGGUGCUUCAGGAUCAACAGUCUCUCAAGCGAAGGAACUGGCAGUACAUGAUUCUCGACGAAGCUCACAACAUCAAGAAUUUCCGCUCACAGAGGUGGCAAGCUCUCCUCACCUUCAAGUCCCGUGCUCGACUUCUGCUCACAGGUACCCCUCUCCAAAACAACCUCACUGAACUGUGGUCUCUUCUGUUCUUUUUGAUGCCAUCAGACGGUCAAAGUGGUGGUGUUGAAGGGUUCGCUGAUCUAAAGGACUUCUCCGAAUGGUUCAGACGUCCCGUUGAGCAAAUCCUGGAGCAUGGCAGAGAGACCAUGGACGAAGAGGCCAAGGGUGUGAUCACCAAGCUUCAUACCGUGCUUCGUCCGUAUCUCCUUCGUCGACUCAAGGCCGACGUCGAAAAGCAAAUGCCUGGAAAAUACGAACAUGUGGUCUAUUGUAGGCUUUCCAAGCGACAGCGAUAUCUCUACGAUGGGUUCAUGUCAAUGGCUCAAACCAAGGAGACGCUCGCGUCCGGAAACUUUCUUUCCAUUAUUCACUGUCUCAUGCAGCUUCGAAAAGUGUGCAACCAUCCUGAUCUCUUCGAAACCCGCCCUAUCUCCACCUCCUUUGCAAUGCCUCGGUCUGUGCCCAUGGACUUCAAUGUCAAAGAAUCUCUCGUCCGACGGAGACUACUCUUCGAACACCCUCUCACCAAGAUCGAUUUGGAUUUCCUCAAUCUCGCACCGGUGUCGCGAGAAGAUAUCUCACGCCGGCUGGCCGACGACAGUAUCAGACUCAUGGCCAUUGGACCGUUCAAGAAACUCCGAGAACGCCAGUACAACCGCACUAACUGGGACAUGGACUUUGAUGGAUCAAAUAUGACAACCAUCAUGGAAUCCUUGGAGAAUGCUUGCCGGAAAAGACGCAUGGCAGAGUUAGAGCGUUGUCUCUACUUUGAAUCCAAGCGCCACGGGCGCCGACCGGUAUACGGAAGCAGUUUGAUCGAGUUCAUCAGAGCAGGGACCAAGGAACACGCGCUAUCCAACGCACCCUUGCGGAAGCGCUCAAUGGCUGACUGGUUGUCCAGCCGCUCCUCGGUCCUCGCCUCAAUGAUUUUGACCAUCGACGAACGUGGCCUUGAAAUGGACGGCUAUGUUCAGCGAUUCGCCUGCGUCACACCUGCUGCUGUUGCUGCGGGCAUGAAUGAAGCCGCCUUGACUCCUGUUGAAACCAGGCUCUUGACGAAUACUCGCCGAGACCAACCAUACGACCCCUUCCACGAAGCGCGGAUGCGUCUCUCGAUCGCGUUCCCAGAUAAGAGACUACUUCAAUACGACUGCGGCAAACUCCAGCGCCUGGACAAACUCCUGCGUGACCUCAAAGCCGGUGGUCAUCGAGCCUUGAUUUUCACUCAGAUGACCAAGAUGCUGGAUAUCCUGGAACAGUUCCUCAAUAUCCACGGCCACCGCUAUCUCCGCCUUGACGGUACUACAAAGGUCGAGGCGCGCCAGAUGCUCACAGAGCGAUUCAACAGCGAUCCCCGUAUCCUGGCGUUCAUCUUAUCGAGUCGAUCCGGUGGUCUGGGAAUCAAUCUUACGGGCGCUGACACCGUCAUCUUCUACGAUUUGGACUGGAACCCGGCUAUGGACAAACAAUGUCAAGACCGUUGCCAUCGUAUCGGCCAGACCCGCGACGUGCACAUCUACCGUUUCGUCUCGGAGUAUACCAUUGAAUCCAACAUCCUCCGCAAGGCCAAUCAAAAGCGCAUGCUUGACGACGUCAUCAUCCAAGAAGGUGAAUUCACCACGGACUACUUUACCAAAUUGGACACCGAAGCCAUCGCGGAAAGCGACGAGCGUGAUGGCCAAGACGAGGCGAGUGCGGCCAUGGACCGUGUCCUCGGCAAUCGGGUCGGAGGCGGUACCCGUGUGUUCGAGGCAGCCGAGGACAAAGAGGAUCUGGAUGCAGCGAAAAACGCACAGAAGGAACAAGAGCAUGCUGACGAUGGCGACUUCGAAGAACAUAGCGCCUCCCGUGAGACCCCUGCACCGGCCGAAACUCCAGGGGGCAGUUCGGCAAUUCCAGAACACGUGGACGAGCCUGGUCACAUCGAUGACUAUUUGUUGCGAUUCAUGGAGUGGAACAUGAAGGAUGAGCCCCUGGUUCUACCCCCAGAUAAAAGCAAGAAGAAAUCCAAAAAGGGUAAGGAGCAUCAUCUUAAGAGGAGGCGUUGA